AGCAGAGGCUAGAGCCUGAGGCUAGAGCUAGCUGAGGGUUCGCUAUCAUACACAAAGCCAGCAAACACAUUCAGGAUCCAAGUGGCAGCUGAUCGCCUGCAUGCACAGCCUACAGCUGCGCUCUCGUGUGUGCCUUCUCUUCUCGAGAUUUUCCAACUUUUAAAGCGUGCUCAACCCAAAGGUCCAAUUGCGUCUGGCACCAUGUUCAAAAGAAUGUUCAAUGCGGCAAAAGACCUUUCUGAGAAAAGGCCUGAGCCGGAUGCAUUGGCUCCAGAAGCUGAGAGAGAGAAGGAGCCGGACGACAGCGAGCUGUUCGCUGGCAUGAGCUUUGCGCAAGAUGUUGUUCUGGAAGAGAGCGAUGCGGGACCAGUGGCGGAUACCAAUUCGACUGCAACCCCCGCAGAUGCAAAUUCAGUAAUGCCCGAGGCGGACGAGGGCCUCUUCAGUGGCCUCAGUAUGGUCGCCGAUCCGUUGGCAGAGGCCAUGGAACCCUCUGAACAGACAGAUGUGGAAGCAGACAGGACUGGCACCCUGGCAAGUGCAUUGGAUGAUCCGAAGGUCAGUGCUGCGAAGGCGCCCCAGGAUGCUGCUGCUGCUGGAGAGUCCCUUCCGCCUAAAAGUCCUCCCCUGGCCAGUAUGCGGCCCACUUCGGCGAGCCCUCCUUCAAUAGUCGCAAACGCCCCUCCAAUGGGGGUCUCAAUGUUGAAGCUUCCCCCUGUCAGUACUGUUCCUCCGACAGGCAAUUCUGCGGCUGCUCUUGCUGCUCUGCGGCCGGCAGUUGUUCGCAAGAAGAAGCGGAGCAUGCGGGUUGGAUAUGCACGGGAGGGAGAUGCAGAUGACGGCGCAAAGGGUGGUACAGCGCCUGGGAGUCAAAUUCCUACGCCCAGUGACGGGACUCCAAUGAGCCAGAGCCCUCGCUCUAGCAUAGGGGAUGUUUCAGAGCUGCAGGGAAGGGGGCGGGAUGACGAGGGAGAGUUGCAUGACAGCCAUAGGGAAGUGACUGGUGAAGGGAAUGUGGCGCUUAGAAGUGGAGCCGAGAGGGUAGGAGAGAGAGAUGCGGGGUCAGAAACAGGGGCCAGAAGCGUGUCUGGAAAGGAGGGGGGAGCUGGUGGAAAAGACUUGGAAGAAGUGCAAAGUAAGGGAAUGAUUGCAGUGGUUCCGAGCGGUGACCAAGCAGAGCCAUCGGAGCAGGAAACUGAAAAGGCCAAGCUGGCUGCAGAGCAUAUUGAGGAGGAAAGGGAGGCGGUGAGGAAAGAGGAAGCGGAUCAAGAGUCGUUUGUAGCAAAACUUGUUGAGGACGAUGAUAGUGAAGAAAACAAGAACGAACCUGAAGCUGAGGGGGAGAGUUCUGAAGCUGCGGUCCCUGACGCUGACCCUAAGGAGUCCGUCCCGUCCGAAGCCGCGUUGCUUCCGACAGCAAUGAGUCUGGAGAAAGUGGGCACAGAAGAGGGGGAGGCGGUCGGCGAGGCAAUUGCAUCUGAGCAAGGCACUGCAAAGGGGGCGCUCCAGAGGCUGGAGACGGAUCUCGACAUUGAGCGCAUUGCGUUGGAGGAGCAGUUGCAAGAGGAGCCGCCUCCGACGGUCGAGAGUCUGGAGGGUUUGCCACUGCCGAAGCAGGUGGCUCAGGUGCGCCAGUAUGUGGAGAAGAGGCUGGCGAUCAUCAGGGAGAAGGUGGCGGGGGCAAUUGCCACCAAGAAGACGGCAGUGCAGAAAAAGCGGGAGGCAGCAGAGAGAGCGGCAGAGGCAGCUGCGCGUGUUGCCGACCUUGAACAGCAGGUGGGGAUAGCGUGCGAUGAAGAAGACUUUGAGAAGGCGGAUGAGCUCACUAAAGAGAUUGAGGGCGUGGAGAAAGAGGCGGCUGCAGCCACAGCUGCCGCGCGAGCGGCGGAGGCGGAGAGCGAUAGUUCGUCGGCGCAGGUGCAAGCGACUGCUCAAGAGGAGGUUGACGUACAGCUCGAGGGCGCCGCCCUGCUGCGCGCCGUGACUGCCUCCGCGCAUGCGAACGCCCUCCGCGCCCAAGAGUCAGCAGAAGCCGCCGCUUCCGAGCAAGAGUCAUCGCUCCAGCAACAAGAAGACGAUGUCGCAGAAAGGCGGAGAAAAGUCGGUCUCGAGUUGCGAGUGAUUGAGGAGGAGAACGCUGCACUGAAGUUGAAGAUCGACGAAACGACGCGAAGCGAAGUGGAUUUCAAAGAGGAGCUGAUGGGAGUGAAGAGCACGAUCGAAGGGGAGCUCAAGGCCCUGCGAGAGGCGGUUGCGCGGAAAGAGCUGGAGUUGCGAGCGCAGGACGAGAAGAUCGCGGAUGUCGAUUCGAAGAUUGCGGAGGUGGCGGCGAAGUUUGGGCGGGAGGCAAAGGGGCUCCAGGCCGACGAAGAGCGUGUCUCGUCUCUCGCCGCCCAACUUGAGGCCGAGCUUGAGCGAGUCGCCGAGGAGCGGCGCCGGGUCGCGGCCGCGGUUGAAGAGGCCGCCAGCGCGCGCCGGAGUUUGGAAGAAACGGCGGCUCGGGCGGAACUAGAUGCGGCGCAAAUGGAGGGGCAGGCGAGGCACAAGCAGGGCGCGGCGGCGGCAGUCGUGGCGUCGCAGCGGCGGAAGGACGAGCUGGCAGAGGAGGAGAAGAAGCUGAGGGAACAGGCCGAGGCGGUCCGUGAGCGGUUGGCCGGGCUGCGCUCGUCGUUCCAGGAGGUGGCGGUUGUGAAGCUGCGGCUGCAGCAGGAACUAGCGGCGGAGGAAUUCAAGGUCGAGGCCGCCAACAAGCGCGCGCCCGAGCUGGAGGCCGAGAAGAAGCUGGCGGCGCAGGCCAGAAACUUCAAGGAGGCGGCUCGGCUGAGCGCAGAGGCGAAGGCCCUGGCGACGGAGCGCGAGAAAGCCGAGGCGGAGGUGGGCAGGCUGAAAGGGGAACUAGGCGCGGCGGAAGGACAAGAGCAGACGCGGGCGGCGGAGGUGGCGGAGCUGGAAACAGAGUUGUCUGCCAAGGAGAGGGAGGCGGCGACCGCGCGGUGCGAGCGCCUGCGGUUGGUCGCCGCCGCCGCACGGCGCGAAAUGGACGAAGCCGCCGAGGCGGAAGACUUCGAGGAGGCGGGCAGUCUGCAAGCGGAGGCGGAGGCAGCGGAUGCGGAAGCGGAGCAGCUCAAGGAGACGCACAAGCUGGAGGGGGCCCGGUUUGACGUCAUCGAGCACGUGGAAGCUGCUGAGAUGGGGGAUGACGUCAGUAAAGAUGGCGGGACGGGAGGCGACGGUGUUGACGAGGGGAUGAACGGGGAUGACGUCAGCAAAGAGAGAGGGGCCGAACAGAAUGUCAGCGAGGGACGUGCGGGAGGGAAGGCUGACGUCGUUGCAGAGGAGGAGGAAGAGCAGGUUGCGAACGGGAACGGAAUGAGCGGAGAGGAGGCAGAACGAAAGUUGGAAACGGAAGCCGGUGGUACAGGUGAAGAAGCAGCGACUGACCCCGUUACCGAAAGCGGAGGAGAGACCGUUGGUGAAGAAGUGGUUGGAACUAGAGAAGAGGACACCAAUGGGCCUGCAGCAAACCUGGUCGAUGCCGGAAACAAAGCGGUUGAAGGCGAGUAAGCAUACGAUUGAGCACACCGCUCGACUUUCAGUGCACAGUCGGACCACACACGCGUGUUGACAGCCUUGAACACGGUGACUGUGCGUGCCAGCCGUGCCAGCGUGUCCGGUUGAUCUGAGGUCGUUGGAUGCAAGGACUAAGAAGAUGUUGACAGGCGCGGAGCCCUCACUGAACAUUUUAUAUCAAGCAUACUCAUGCACUCACAUGUACCCAGUUGCGC